AGGAAGACGAAGAAGCACAGUCUGAAGGCUCGUCUGCAGGAAGAUGCACUGAAGAUCAAAAGGUCGGGGCCCGCCCUCUCAGCCCUGCUAAUGGCCGCAUCCGGUGACAAGAAGAAGAAGAAGAGGAAGAACAAGUCCAAAAACAAGCAGGCGGACGCCCUCGUGGCUGCUGCGACGCUUACUCAAACCGUCGCCAAGGGCACGCCGCAGGCCUCCUUUCAACAGAAGCCUACCGUCGUCGCCACCACCCCCACGACAGCUGGCGCUCAACUUUCCAAAAAGGCCAAGAAGAGGUUGAGGAAGAAGCAACAGCUGAAGGAACAGAAGUCCACUGAUGCU